AUGGAGGCCCGGGGAGCCGAGGGAACAGGGGUCGGAGGUCAGGGGGCCAAGCCGCGGAGUCUGUCGGUGUUCGCCGCCGGAACCCGGGGGGCGUUAGAGGGGGAGGGCGGGGGACGGGGGGCGGCGCCCCGGAAGCUCAGCCUCUGCGAGCCGGGUGAGGGCGCCCAACCUCCCGAGGGGGGCCACCGGCGCACAGCCAGCGCCGGCGCCCGCUUCUUCUGGAAGGUUCUGGAGGGGGAGGAGGGCGUCGCGUCGCCCCCUCGGAGGGCCUGGUCGGUGCUGCAGAAGAUCCACUCGUUCGAGGAGAUGGUGAGGCGGAGGUGCAGCAGGAAGGAGGAGGCCCGGCAACCGCCAUCAGCCUCAGAGGAUGGCCUUAGCGACACGGCGAGCGGCCCAGGUCCAGGCCCAGGCCCAGGCCCAAUCAUAGGCCCAGGCCCAGGCCCUGUCUCAGCCCCAGGCCUAGGCCCAGGCCCAGUCUCAGGCCCAGGCCCAGUCUCAGGCCCAGGCACAGUCUCAGGCCCAGGCCCCGGCCCAGUCUCAGCCCUAGGCCCAGUCUCAGCCCCAGGCCCAGUCGCAGCCCCAGGCCCCGGCCCAGUCUCAGCCCUAGGCCCAGUCUCAGCCCCAGGCCCAGUCGCAGCCCCAGGCCCAGGCCCAGUCUCAGGCCCACUCUCAGGUUCAGUCCCAGGCUCAAACCUCAGCCUAGGCCCUGGUGAUGGAGUGCAGCCCCAGCCUGCAGAAGGAUCGAAGGAGUUCUCCUCUCCCCCUCCACUUGGUGAGUGUGGCUGGCUGGAUGGGGAGUCCUGGGACGGGCCGAUGGUCUCGAGUCCCCUCAGUGGGUCCCUGCAACGUGAGCCGGUCCUCUCCAUGUUCCUCAGCUCCGACGAUGAGUGCUCGCUGUCGGACGGCUCGGAGGUCACCAACCACAGCGACAUGGGCCUUCUGGACAAGAGCUACUCCAUCAGUCUAGCUGAACUCCGAGACUGUGGGGUGGAGUUGAGGGAGGACACGCAGAGGGGAGAGCAUUUGACUCACUCAGCCUCCCUCACCUCCAACAUGUCCCACAUGUCAGUCGUCUCCCUCAUACCCAACGAUGAACUGGAGAGACUCCUGGCUGAGGUCGAGGGCUUGGAACAGGAAGCAAUCCAGUGUCCCGAAGAUGUUCGUGUGGUGGUGCUCCAUAAGGAGGAGGGCGCUGGCCUUGGAUUCAGCAUCGCCGGUGGGCAGGACCUCACCAACAGCAUGGUGACUGUUCACAGGGUCUUCCCGAACGGCCUGGCCGCCCAGGAGGGGACCAUCGAGCGGGGGGACCAGGUGCUGUCCAUUAACGGGAGUCUGCUCCGAGACGUCAGCCACAGCGAGGCCCUGUCCUGCCUGCACAAGGCCCGGCCUGUCAGGCAGGCCAUCGUGGUGAUCCGAAAGCUGGCCGAACCCGAGAGGGCGGCCCCGCGCCAGGACCGUGCCGCGCCAGAGAGUUUGGGAGAAUAUGUCACUGUGGAGCUGAUGAAGACAGAUACAGGUCUUGGCUUCAGUCUGGACGGGGGCAAGAGUUCGAGUCAAGGGGACAGGCCGCUCACCAUCAAGAAGGUCUUCCAAGGUGGGGCUUGCCAUCAGUCGGGCUUGAUCCAACCCGGGGACCAACUGGUUCAGGUCAGUGACCGUGACUACCGAGGCCUGACCUGCUACGAAGCCUGGACUCUCAUCAAGGCCCUACCUCCGGGCCCCGUGAAAGUGGUGGUCUGCAAAAUGACCCUUUAAACUGAGGAGGGGGAAGCGGUGGCUGCUGAGGGGAAACAUGGCUGCUACCCGUGCGGAGCCAAGGACCCGCUGGUGAUCUGAGAUAGCUGCCUUUGUUGUUGCCUGUUUUAUUCCAUUUCGGUCUAACAGCCAAUUUACCCGGAAGCCUCAGCGUCCAGGCAGACUUGAAAGGGACCUUUUGUUGGAAUUUACUGGAUAUUUAUCUCAAAAGGUCCAAAGGUGUGGUAGCUAAAUGAUCAGUGAUUGGGACGGUCAUGAAAAGCCGCCAUUAGGCCUAAGGUAGGAGUGUCCGUAGUUCUGAUCCAUGCUCCCCCCCCAAUAGUCCCCCAACCCCUCAGUUUCUAUCGGACUUGUACAGGGAGCUCUGCAGAUUCAAGACCGUCCUGAGUUCACAGGAAAGGGAGGAUACGGCCCUUGACAUCAAGACCAAAUUUGACUGAGUGAGGCACCCAGAAACCCGAGCGAAACCGGGGUCCGUGGGACUCGAGGGGACAACUCUCUGCUGUCGGGAGUCAUACCCAGCAUGGAGGAAGAUGGCUACAGUCCGUCAUCACAGUCCAGGACAUCUCUGCAGGAGCUCCUCAGGAUGGUGUCCUAAGUCCAACCACCAUCAGCUGCUUCAUCAAUGACCUCCCCCCUCCAUCGUAAGUAGGGGAUGUCCAUCGAUGAUUGCGCAGUGUUCAGCACCGUCCGCCCCUCCUCAGAUACCGAAACAGUCUGUGUUCAAAUGCAACAAGACCCAGGCUUGGGAUGACAAGUAGCAAAUAACAUUCACACCACACAAACACCAGGCUAUGACCAUCUCCAAACGGAGACAGUCUAACUAUCGCCCCCUCAACAUUCACUGACACUAUCAUCACUGAAUCCCCCCACUAUCAACAUCCUGGGGGUUACCAUUGAGAGAGAAUCUAACCAUCGCCCCCCUGAUGUUCAAUGGUGUUAUCAUCACUGAAUCCCCCCACUAUCAACAUCCUGGGGGUUACCAUUGAGAGAGAAUCUAACCAUCAGCCCCUUGAUGGUCAAUGGUGUUACCAUCACUGAAUCCCCCCACUAUCAACAUCCUGGGGGUUACCAUUGAGAGAGAAUCUAACCAUCGCCCCCUUGAUGGUCAAUGGUGUUACCAUCACUGAAUCCCCCCCACUAUCAACACCCUGGGGGUUACCACUGACCAGAAACUGAACUGGACCCAGCCAUAAACACACAGGGGCUACAAGAGCAGGGUCAGAGGCUGGGAAUCCUGCAGCGAGUAACUCUCCUCCUGACUCCCUCCUCCCCAAAGCCUGUCCCACCAUCCACCAGGCACGAGUCAGGAGAGUGAGGGAAUACUCCCCACUCGCCCCUGGACGGGGGGCAGUCCCAGUUCCAGGCCUUAUAAUGGCCUGGGAAGCGUGGGGGGGAGGGGCAGUGGGAGUGUCAGAAAUCACUUCGUCAUCCAAGGGAAGAGAGCGAAAAUCUGGGAAAUAUCUCUCUCUCUCUCACCGCUUCCCUUCAAAACCAAAUUGUCUCCGUUGGUGGUGGGGAGUUUGUAAAUUUGUGAGGAGAUGGUUUAAGAAUUAUGGAGCAAAUAUAGUCAGGUGGGAUUAUGGUACAGAUCAGCUAGAGCUGAUUGGACAGACUCGAUGGGCUGAUUGGCCUGUUCCUCUCUAGCAGGCUCUGGAGGAGCAUAUUUUAAGUUAAUUCAUCCACUGGGCAUGGGUGUUGCCAGUUGGGUCAGCCAUCAUUCCCCAGAGGGCAGGUAAGAUGGGCCGCUGAGGGUCAGAACUCACCUGUCAGCCCAGGCCUGGUGAGGAUGACAGAUUUCCUUCACUGAAGGGCGUUUGUGAAGCCUUUAGAAUAUUCACUCCAUCGCUAACCUUUUAACGCCAGGUUUUUUUUAAGAAUUUGAAUUUCACCAUCUCCUCUGCCGAGAUUCGAACUUGCAUCCCCCCUGGGAAGUUAAUUCCGAAGUUUGGGCUUUGACGUCCACCAUUGUAGUCCGAUCCUGUUUCUGAGAGGGGUGGGCUGGACAGAGAUAAGGAGAAACCUCUUCAGCCGGAGACAGGGGGAAUCAAUGGGAUUCACUACCACAGAAGGCUGUGGAGGGCCUGGUCAUUGAGGACAUUAAAGAUGGAGAUAGGUUUGAGCGAGUUUUGAGAAGAUUUGUCGCUCAGGUUGAGGUUCUGGAUGUAGGUUUGCUCGCUGAGCUGGAAGGUUCAUUUCCAGACGUUUCGUCACCCUCCUGGGUAACAUCUUCAAUGGGCCUCUGCUGUUCAUUUGCACCCUACAUCAGACAUCUUGGAAAUGACUGCCAGACAACUCAGACCCCUUGGCAUCAUGGAGGCCACAAACCCACCAACACCAGCUAAUGAACUUGAAAGCCCCUAUACAGACAACAAGCAAAACCAAUGUCAUUUACAAAAUAUCGUGCGAGGACUAUAACAAACCCUACAUUGGACAGACAGGCAGAAAACUAGCUUCCAGGAUACAUGAACACCAACUAGCCACAACGACAUGACCCUCUCUCACUAGUAUCUUUACAUACAGAUGAGGAAGGACACCAUUUCGACUGGGACAACACAUCCAUCCUAGGGCAAGCCAAACAGAGACACGCACGAGAAUUCCUAGAAGCAUGGCAUUCCAACCGCAAUGCUAUCAACAAACACAUCGAGUUAGAUAGGUUCCUGGGGAUUGAGGGUUACUGAGAGAAAGCGGGAGAAUGGGAGUUGAGAAAUGUAUCAGCCAUGAUUGAACGGUGGAGCAGACGUGAUGGGGGCUGAACGGCCUAAUUUUUGCUCUGACAGUCUCCUGGUUCAGAAGAGAUUUACCAGGAUGUUGCCAGGUCUGGAAGGAUUGAGUUAUCAAGAAAGGCUGGAACAUUUUUCACUGGAAUGUUGGAGGUUGGGGACGGUGGGGGGAGGGUAACCAUCUAGAGAGGGGUACAAAUAAAGUUGAUGGUAGGUGUCUUUUCCCCAGGAUGGGGGAUUUCGAGACCAGGGGCACAUUUUUAAGACGAGAGGAGAAAGAUUUUGAAAAGACAUAAAGGGCAACUUUUUUACACAGAGGAUGGUUCGUGUGUGGAUUAAACUUCCUGAGGAAGUGGUGGGUGUGGGUACAGUGGGUACAUUUAAUUGGCAUUUGGGUAAGUACAUGAAUAGUAAAGGUUUGGAGGGACAUAGGCCAAGCGCAGGGACUAGUUUAGUUUGGGAUAACGGACUGGUUGGGCCAGAGGGUCUGUUUCCGUGCUGUAUGACUCUAUAACUAAAAGGACUUGGUUAUGAAGAUUGGACAGCAGACACUCUUGCUUCAAAGCAGAAGGAACAACUUUUUUUUCGAAUCCUGUGGCGCUAUUGAACUGUGUUUCCCCCAGCAGUUUUCCUUAACAUCAUGUCUGUUUGUGUCCAUCCACGUGUGCGUGUGUGUGUGUGUGUGUGUGUGUGUGUGUGCGCAAGGGUUUGGAAUUCCAGUGAGUAGAUUUAUGUUUGGAAAUUCGUACUUCUGUUUACCUGCGGUUAAAAUUGAUUCAUUUGUAAUAAACUGUAAUUUUUACUAAG